AGGGCGGGAAUAAAGCGAGGAGGAGGAGGCCGCCUUCCGCGCUCCCUCGCUGGGCGCCAUGGCCGACCGCAGCCCCCCCAACUGCCACCUCCGCCUGGAGUGGGUCUACGGCUACCGGGGCCACCAGUGCCGCAACAACCUCUACUACACCGCCGCCAAGGAGAUCGUCUACUUCGUGGCCGGCGUCGGCGUCGUCUACAGCCCCCGAGAGCACCGGCAGAAGUUCUUCCUCGGACACCAGGACGACAUCAUCAGUCUUGCAUUGCAUCCUGAGCGAGUAUUGGUGGCAACAGGUCAAGUUGGGAAAGAGCCGUAUAUCUGUGUUUGGGACUCGUACACUGUGCAGACUAUAUCAAUAAUGAAAGACGUUCAUACGCAUGGUAUAGCUUGCUUGGCAUUUGAUGUAGAUGGUCAGCGUUUGCUUUCAGUUGGUUUGGAUUCAAAAAAUACAAUCUGUGUGUGGGACUGGAGAAAAGGAAAAAUGUUAUCUAUGGCUCCUGGUCAUACAGACAGGAUAUUUGAUAUUUCUUGGGACUUGUACCAACCAAACAAACUUGUCAGCUGUGGUGUAAAACACAUUAAGUUCUGGAAUUUAUGUGGCAACUCAUUGACACCAAAGCGUGGGGUUUUUGGUAAGACUGGUGAUCUCCAAACUAUAUUGUGCCUCGCUUGUGCAAGAGAUGAAGUAACAUAUUCUGGUGCACUUAAUGGAGAUAUAUACGUAUGGAAAGGAAUCAACCUUAUAAGGACCAUACAGGGAGCACAUGCUGCAGGAAUUUUCAGUAUGAACGCAUGUGAAGAAGGCUUUGCCACAGGUGGCAGAGAUGGCUGUGUUCGCCUUUGGGAUUUAAAUUUUAAACCAAUUACUGUGAUUGAUCUCAGGGAAACAGACCAGGGAUAUAAAGGUCUGUCUGUGAGAAGUGUUUGCUGGCGAGGAGAUCACAUCCUAGUUGGAACACAAGACAGUGAAAUUUUUGAGAUUGUGGUGCAUGAACGCAAUAAGCCUUUUCUCAUUAUGCAAGGGCACUGUGAAGGGGAGCUUUGGGCCUUGGCAGUUCAUCCUACAAAACCAUUAGCCAUAACUGGAAGUGAUGAUCGAUCAGUCAGAAUAUGGAGCCUUAUAGACCAUGCAUUGAUUGCUCGGUGCAAUAUGGAGGAACCAAUUCGUUGUGCAGCUGUUAGCAUGGAUGGAAUUCAUCUUGCACUUGGAAUGAAGGAUGGUUCUUUCACAGUACUUCGAGUUAGAGAUAUGACAGAGGUUGUUCAUAUUAAAGAUAGGAAAGAAGCUAUCCAUGAAUUAAAAUAUUCAGCCGAUGGAAAUUUCCUUGCAGUUGGUUCCAAUGAUAGUUCUGUUGAUAUUUAUGGUGUUGUUCAGCGGUACAAAAAGGUUGGGGAAUGUGUUGGAUCCACAAGCUUUAUAACGCAUAUGGACUGGUCACUGGAUAGUAAACAUUUGCAAACCAAUGAUGGUAGUGGGAAAAGACUUUUUUACAGGAUGCCUGGUGGGAAAGAAGUGACAAAUAAGGAAGAGUUAAAAGGUGUCCAGUGGGCUUCAUGGACUUCAAUUUCAGGCCUUGAAGUUAAUGGAAUAUGGCCUAAAUAUUCAGAGAUCAGUGAUAUUAAUUCUGUAGAUGCAAAUUUUAUGGGCCAAGUUCUAGUUACAGCUGAUGACUAUGGAAUAGUUAAACUGUUUCGGUAUCCUUGUCUAAGAAAAGGGGCAAAAUUUAAAAAAUACCUUGGUCAUUCAGCACAUGUGACAAAUGUCAGAUGGUCACAUGACUAUCAGUGGGUAAUUUCUAUUGGUGGAGCAGACCAUUCUGUUUUCCAAUGGAAGUUUGUUCCUGAAAGGAAGCUAAAGGAUUCUCUUCACAUAGCGCCACAGGAAAGCCUAGUUGACUCCAAUAGUGAAGAAUCAGAUUCUGAUCAAUCUGAUGUUCCAGAGCUGGACUCUGAAAUUGAACAAGAGACGCAAAUCACAUACCGUCGACAGGUUUACAAAGAAGAUCUACCUCAGCUUAAAGAGCAGUGUAAAGAAAAACGAAAAACUGCAGCCUCAAAAAGAAGAGAACGGACUCCAAUCAAUAGUAUACGGUUGCACUUUGUCCAUGGUUACAGGGGCUAUGACUGUCGAAGUAAUUUAUUUUACACUCAAACGGGAGAAAUUGUGUACCAUGUUGCAGCAGUGGGUGUAGUAUAUAAUCGGCAGCAAAACACACAACGCUUUUAUUUGGGUCAUGAUGAUGACAUUUUGUGUCUUGCUAUUCAUCCCUUAAAGGACUAUGUGGCAACAGGCCAGGUUGGUCGGGAUUGUUCAAUCCAUAUUUGGGAUACAGAGACAAUCAAACCACUGUCAGUUUUAAAGGGCUAUCACCAGUAUGGCAUUUGUGCUGUUGAUUUUUCAGCGGAUGGCAAAAGGUUAACUUCAGUUGGAAUAGAUGACAAUCAUACUAUUGUUCUUUGGGACUGGAGAAAAGGAGAAAAGCUUUCAGCAACAAGAGGGAGCAAAGACAAGAUCUUUGUUGUUAAAAUUAAUCCAUACAUGCCUGAUAAACUCAUUACAGCUGGAAUAAAACACAUAAAAUUUUGGCGAAGAGCAGGAGGUGGACUGAUUGGAAAAAAGGGCUAUGUGGGUCCAAUGGGAAAGAUUGAUACAAUGAUGUGUGCAGUUUAUGGCUGGACAGAAGAGAUGGCAUUCUCCGGAACUUCAACUGGGGAUGUGUGUAUAUGGAGAGAUCUGUUCCUCAUAAAAACUGUAAAAGCACAUGAUGGUCCUGUGUUCAGUAUGCAUGCACUAGAAAAGGGAUUUGUAACUGGAGGCAAGGAUGGUAUUGUGGCUCUUUGGGAUGACACCUUUGAACGGUGUCUAAAAACAUACGCCAUCAAAAGAGCUGCCUUAGCUCCUGGCUCCAAAGGACUCCUUUUAGAAGAUAACCCUUCUAUACGUGCCAUAUCAUUAGGACAUGGUCAUAUUUUAGUUGGUACAAAAAAUGGUGAAAUACUAGAAGUUGACAAAAGUGGACCAGUAACUUUGUUGGUUCAGGGUCAUAUGGAAGGAGAAGUUUGGGGUUUAGCGACUCAUCCUCAUUUACCUAUUUGUGCCACUGUAAGUGAUGAUAAAACCUUAAGAAUAUGGGAUCUGUCCCCAAGCCACUGCAUGUUAGCUGUUCGAAAACUAAAGAAAGGCGGGAGAUGUUGCUGUUUUUCUCCUGAUGGAAAGGCAUUGGCAGUAGGGCUCAAUGAUGGAAGUUUUUUAAUAGUAAAUUCAGACACUCUGGAGGAUCUUGUUUCAUUUCAUCACAGGAAGGAUGUUAUUUCAGAAAUACGUUUUUCUCCUGGUGCUGGAAAAUACUUAGCUGUAGCAUCAUAUGAUAGUUUUGUAGAUAUCUACAACGUAAUGAGCAGUAAACGGGUUGGAAUCUGUAAAGGAUCCUCCAGUUAUAUAACACACAUGGAUUGGGACAUAAGAGGCAAGCUUUUACAACUCAACACUGGUGCUAAGGAACAGUUGUUUUUUGAAGCUCCUCGAGGGAAGAAGCAAAUCAUUCCUAGUAUGGAGGCAGAAAAGAUUUCUUGGGCAUCCUGGACAAGUGUUUUAGGCUCCUGCUGUGAAGGUAUCUGGCCAAUAAUUGGAGAAGUCACAGAUGUAACUGCUUCGUGCCUAACCAAUGAUAGUACAGUCUUGGCAACAGGAGAUGAUUUUGGAUUUGUAAAGCUUUUCCGAUACCCUGCCAAAGGAAAAUAUGGGAAGUUUAAGAGGUAUGUGGCUCAUAGUACACAUGUAACAAAUGUUCGUUGGGCUCAUGAUGACAGCUUAUUAGUCAGUGUUGGAGGUGGAGACACAUCCUUAAUGCUGUGGACCCAUGAGAUGGAGGGUCACCGGGAAAGCAGACAAUGUGACAGUGAAGAAUCUGAUCUUGACUCCGAAGAAGAUGGGGUUCUUGUGGUUAUAAAUAUUUUACUAGGCUAUGACAGUGAUGUUACAAGAGAAAAUGAAAUUAAUUAUACCAUCAAAGCCUUAUCAACCAACAUCAGACCUAUGUUUGGAGUCAAGCCUCACCUACAGCAAAAAGAACCUUCAGUUGAUGAAAGGCAAGGGGUAGUAAGAGGUUCCAGACCACCAGUUAGUAGGGCAUUGCCUCAGCCUGAAAAACUUCAGACAAAUAACAUUGGGAAAAAAAAGAGACCCAUAGAGGAUCUAGUGCUGGAGCUGGUGUUUGGAUAUCGAGGUAAAGAUGGCAGGAACAAUGUGCACUAUUUGAAUGACGGUGCUGACAUAAUUUAUCACACUGCAUCUGUUGGGAUUCUGUAUAAUGUGGCAACAGGCUCCCAGUCUUUUUACCAAGAACAUAAUGAUGAUAUUUUGUGCCUCACUAUCAAUCAGCACCCCAAGUUUAUCAACAUUGUGGCAACUGGCCAAGUAGGAGACUCAGCAGAUAUGUCAGCUACAGCACCUUGUAUUCAUGUGUGGGAUGCAAUGAACAAACAAACACUGUCUGUUUUGAGAUGCUACCAUUCAAAAGGAGUUUGUUCAGUUGGAUUUAGUGCCACUGGCAAGCUUCUUCUCUCUGUGGGGCUGGAUCCUGAACAUACCAUUACCAUUUGGAAAUGGCAAGAAGGUGCCAAAAUUGCCAGCAGAGCCGGUCAUAAUCAACGUAUUUUUGUAGCAGAAUUCAGGCCUGAUUCCGAUACACAAUUUGUUUCAGUGGGAGUAAAACAUGUGAGAUUUUGGACUCUUGCUGGAAGGGCACUUCUCAGUAAAAAAGGACAGACAAGUUCAAUAGAAGAUGCACGAAUGCAGACCAUGUUGUCAGUAGCAUUUGGAGCGAACAAUUUGACAUUUACAGGUACUAUCAGUGGAGAUGUAUGUGUUUGGAAAGAGCAUAUAUUGAAUCGAAUUGUGGGCAAAGCUCACAAUGGGCCUAUAUUUGCAAUGUACACAACUCUGCGAGAUGGCUUAAUUGUAACAGGAGGCAAAGAGAGGCCAUCAAAAGAAGGAGGAGCAGUUAAACUAUGGGAUCAGGAACUACGGCGGUGUCGUGCCUUCAGAUUAGAGACUGGACAGAUAAUUGACUGUGUUCGUUCUGUAUGCAGAGGCAAAGGGAAAAUUCUUGUUGGGACAAAGAAUGCUGAAAUAAUAGAAGUUGGAGAGAAAAAUGCAGCAUGUAACCUUUUAAUUAAUGGCCAUAUGGAUGGACCCAUCUGGGGACUGGCAACACACCCUUCUCGUGAUGUUUUCCUUUCUGCUGCAGAAGAUGGGACGGUCCGACUUUGGGAUAUUGCUGAUAAAAAGAUGGUGAACAAAGUCAAUUUGGGCCAUGCAGCACGCACUGUGUCUUAUAGUCCAGAGGGUGACAUGGUGGCUAUUGGCAUGAAAAAUGGAGAAUUUAUCAUCUUGUUAGUGAACUCUCUGAAAAUAUGGGGGAAGAAGAGAGACAGAAGAUCAGCUAUCCAAGACAUCAGGUUCAGCCCAGAUUCUCAUUACUUAGCAGUGGGUUCCAGUGAAAAUGCAGUAGAUUUUUAUGACUUGACGUUGGGGCCUACCCUUAACCGAGCCAGUUACUGCAAGGACAUCCCAAGCUUUGUAAUUCAAAUGGAUUUUUCUGCAGAUAGCUGUUAUCUUCAGGUCUCCACUGGGUCUUAUAAAAGGCAAGUUUAUGAAGUGCCUUCUGGAAAACAGCUCCUGGAUCAAACUGUGAUUGACAGAAUAACAUGGGCCACAUGGACCAGUGUUCUAGGAGAUGAAGUUAUUGGAAUCUGGUCCAGGCAUGCUGAGAAAGCUGAUGUAAAUUGUGCCUGUGUUUCCCACUCUGGAAUCAGCCUUGUAACAGGGGAUGACUUUGGCAUGGUCAAGCUGUUUGAUUUCCCUUGUCCUGAAAAAUUUGCAAAACAUAAAAGAUUUUUUGGUCACUCGGCCCAUGUGACUAAUAUUCGUUUUACAAGUGGAGACAGAUAUGUUGUCAGUGCAGGUGGAGAUGACAGCAGCAUAUUUGUCUGGAAAUGUGUACAUAUGCCUCACUGAGAGAAACAAAGAACUUUCUAAAGAGAAUAGUGCAUGAAGUAAGAGGUGUUAAUGCCUCAUGGUUGCAAAGAGACAUUCUACAGUGCCCUGCAUGCUUCAAGAAAUGGUGCUGAUAAAGACAGACAACCAGCUGUCUGACUGACUAGAGUGUACAAGAAGAAUGGACUACUGGAAAUGUACUGAGUCUAGUCAUAUUACUACAGUAUCAGAUAACCUACAUUUGUUUCCCACUCACUGCCAGAUGCUGAAACAUACGGAUAAAAAGAAGCGAGCUUUGGCUCUCUGUACAGUUUCCCAGUAAGAUCAUGGAUUUCUAAUCAAGAGAUGUUAUUACUGACCUAAUGCUGUACAUCGAUGUGUUUACUUUCAGCAUGAAUGUUUAAGUACUGGGUACUGACUCUUGCUAAAAUAGAAGACUCCUUAUUUUAUUACUGAAAGGAAAACCACCUUACAGCUCUUAAGUUUCUUUUUUUAAAAUGGGUGAAAGUAAAAUUGAAAAUAGGAGUGACUCAGCAAAAGUUUUGUCUAGUUCACCAAAACAAAACAUCUCUCAAGAGAUGUUUGUUCUAGGACCUGCAGAAUUUUAUUGGUUUUAAGGCCUGGGUUGUAGUCAUGUCUUGUGAAUGCUAGGAGACAUGCAUGAACCCAUUAUUCAAAGCUAAUUUAGUGUUUCUGUAUUACCUAAGCAUUAAAUUAGUUCUGUGAGCAGAAUGAGAUUUGCUCACAUGGUGAGUGCCUUGUCCACAACCUAAAAGUCUAACUCCAUUUUUUGCCUUGUGAAUAAAAAGUGUUCUCAAUGAAAGAUAAAGUGCUGUGUUUACUUACAGAGCUGUGCUAGAAAUGGGAAAUAGGCUGUUCAUUUUACUGUUCAUAUAUUGAUGAAGCUUUAGGUUGUCAUCAGAAGCAAAAAAAAUCACAGCAAUAGGAAUUGUUUGGUGCAUUUUCACAUCAUCACUAGGUGAAAUCAAAGUGACAUUAAGAAUUCAAGUUUAUUUUACAAAUUAUUUGUUUUUUACACAAGAAUAAGACUAGUUGAAUCUCUUGUGCUCUAGCUCAUAAUCUUAAAGCCAGGUCAUACAUACAGGCACUCACAGUUUCCUCUUCAGAAUGAAGAUGGAUUAUGUUUGAAAGCAACUGUCUAUUAAUCUACUAACACAUGGAAAAUUUACAUUCAAGUUAGCUAAUUAGGAGAUUUUUGAUGUGCAAGUGCCUGUAUGCUUCAGUCAGUUCUAACGUCCAGUUGUAACUCCACCAUAACUGUAUAUGUUGAUUAUACAGGGGCUUACUGUAAUAUUUGAAAUGAAAGCCUGCAGGUGAUAAAGUUACAUCUGUAACUACAGACUCAAGAUAAAAGGGGAAAAGAUGGCCAUGUCAGUUUAAAUGGGUAUUGUAGUCAAGCUGUAGAGUAGGCCAGUGCUGUGCUCUUGAAAGCUUUUUUGAAAACAGUGCCACAAAUCCUUUUAAGACUACUUCAUUGGGACUACAUCUGCUUCAUGUAUGGUUCACUCACUCCACCAAAAUGUUGAUAUGCUGAGCAAUCCAUGCAUGGAAAGAUAUGCAUAUGUGUGGUCUUGGUGCUUCACAGAUUAUUUCUGAGGGUUUCAGCAGAGGGAAAUGGGGAAAAAGUUCUCUCUUUGUGCCGUUACGGAUAGAUUAAUGGCAAGAGGCACUAUGAGAGAAGCCUUUCAAGAUUUGAUUUGAGUCCUGUCACUUCCUAUCUGUUUUUGUGAUUUUCUAAAGGCUCCAGUACCCCAGCCCAAAGGGCUUGAUAACUGCAGAUAUUGCAGAGACAUACAGCCUUCUGUGGGGCUUGGGUUUAGGGCUUCAUGUACUUUUUUAUAUAUUAAAUAUCAUGUACAUGGUGAGACAUAGAUUUAUCUAGAUAUGAAAAUAAUAUCAGUUCUACACAAUGAAGCAUACACAGAAUCAUGCCAUGAUAGUUCAUGUUAAUCUGAGAAGCAAACUCCUCCACUUUUAUUUUGUGCCCUGGAAUGGAUUAGAAUGCCAGAUUCAUCAAAGGAUGUAUUUGAAAGAUUUUAAUCGUUGUACCCAUGCUACUUGAUAAGCAGCAGAGUAAUUAACAGUUUAUUUAGGGGUAAUUUAUUCAUAUUAAAUGAUAAUGCAUGUUCCUUAACAAUUCUUCUUUCAUACAUUGCAGCUCCCCCAAAUGUAAUUUACCCCAGGCAGUCUGGUUUCAUCACUGAAUACAUGACACAUGUAGUGAUGUGGUUUAUCAAAACAAUGAUUGGCAAAUGCAAUUCCUUUAUUAUCAUGUUUUUUUUCUGAUCUUUUCUAUACCUCAUAUAUAAUAUACUGAUUGCUCCUCUGCAUCGGCUAGAAAAUGAUUCUUUGCUCAGCUCAUUGUUAUUGAUCCUACCAUUUCACCCUGGAAUGUCUUGCCUACUCUAACCGUCUCUGAACUAAAAUCAGAUCAGCCAGAGGCCUUUUGGAUUGGUAGAUCUUCCUGUGUUGUCAGAGUAGUUCACCCAGCUAGUGAUUAGAGUUUCAAAUCCCUUACAUGAAAUCAUCCAGUCAGUGACUGACAUCUUGUUAGUGGCAUACACUGAUGUAAGUUAACCCUAUGCCUACAUAUCUGGAGCCAGUGUGAUGUAGUGGUUUGAGUAUUGGACUAUGACUCAGGAGAUGAGUCUUUGAACUCCCAUUCAGCUAUGAAA